AUGGCAGGAAAUCACACCCAGAAUAAAUUUAUCCUGUUGGGAAUUACAGACAGCCCAUGUCUGCAGACCCCUCUUUUUGUCUUGUUUCUAGUGAUUUACAUUGUCACUUUGGUGGGGAACGUUGGCAUUGUCACAUUGGUUCGGGUGUCUCCCAGCCUCCACACCCCCAUGUACUUCUUCCUCACCCACUUUGCCUUCACUGACAUCUGCUGUUCCACAGUCAUCUCCCCCAGGAUGCUGGCAGACCUGUUAUCAGAGGACAGAACCAUUUCUUUCACUGGCUGCAUGAUGCAGUUCCUCACUUUUAUUUUCUUUGGCAGUGCCGAGUGUCACCUCCUGGCCAUGAUGGCCUACGACCGGCACGUUGCCAUCUGCCAUCCCCUGCUUUACGUGACCAUCAUCUCCAGACGUGUCUGCUGGCAGCUGGUAGCAUCAAGCUACCUAUUCGCCUUCCUCAGUGCCACCAUCUGCACAUGGUGCCUGUUUGGAGGUUCCUUCUGUGGACCCAAAUACAUUGACCACUUCUUCUGCGACAUCGUACCUGUGCUUAAACUCCUCUGCCCUAAUAACUACAGCAGUGAGAUGGUCAUCUUUGCCUUUCUCACUAUCAAUGUGGUGGGCACGAGCGUGGUCAUUUUGCUCUCCUACAUCUCUAUCAUCCGCACUGUGCUGAGGACGUGCUCAGCAGAGAGCAGGGCCAGAGCCUUUCGUACCUGCACCUCCCAUUUGGCGGCUGUUUCCAUGUACUUUGGGACAGCAUUCUUCAUGUACCUACAACCUCCAUCAAGCCACAGGAGCCUGGAUAAGGUGGCCUCCAUCUUCUACGCUUUGCUCACCCCCAUGCUCAACCCAUUCAUUUAUAGCCUGAGGAACAGGGAGGUGAAGGCGGCUCUGGUCAACUGUGGGAGGAGAUUGCUCAGCAGAUGGCAACAUAAAAGAGUUGUAUCAUCUAGGACACACAGUUCAUCUAAAGUGAGAAACCCUUUGGAGCAUGAAAAAAAUGGGAUUUUCCACUAAUACUCAUCAUUUUAUAUAGGUUCAUCCACAACUCCUGCACAUGAGUCAAUGACAGUAUUGAAUGAGAAAUACACACCCCAAAUCACAUCUUCCUUGGAAGGAAACCAA